CUCCGGUUCUGUGGUCCGGUUGUAGACGGUGCCCAUGGCUGGGCAGCCGGCUGUCAGCUGGGAGAAACCGAAAGCAGCAGGGAAGGGGCGGCGGGCGGGACGGGAGCGGGGAGGGCGAGAGGCCCCGGAGCCCCGGGGCCCCGGGGCGGCCGUUGCCCCGGCCGUUGGGCCCGGCGGCGCGCCCCCUGGCGGCCGCGGGCGGCAGCGUGAGGGACGGCGCGGAGCGCGGGGCCGCCUCAGGCCCGCUCUGGGCUCCGCUCGCCAGCCGGGGCUUGCAGGAGCUGGGGGAACUGCAGCUCAAGAGGACAAAGCAGCCAGCCCAGGAACCUUGGUCUCAUCAGAGGGAAACAACAAGCCAAAGACAUCAGGUUACACAGAAAUAUUCUCAGCCCUAGGGAGGCCACGCCUGAAUUGCUGUGUCCAGAUUUGGGCUCCUCAGGACAAGAUAUGGAGCUCCUGGAUCAGGUCCCGUGGAGGAGAACAAAAAUGAUUAAGGGAAGGGAGCAUCUCUCUCACAAGGAAAGGCUGAGGGAGCUGGGUCUAUUCAGCCUCCAAAAUAGAUGGCUGAGAGGGGACCUCAUCAAUGUCUGCCAGUAUCCAAAGGAGGGGUGCCAAGAGGAUGGAGCCAGGCUCUUCUUGGUGGUGCCCCGCAAUAGGGCAAGAGGAAACAGCCAGAAAGUGAUGCAC